GAAAUUUUUCACAGGUCUUUCCAGAAGCAAGGACGACGAGGAGCUUCUUUAUGACCAAGCCUCAUUUUCCAACAUUCUUGUAAACAUGCAAGUAUAUUCGCAAGUAUCCCGCGAAGCGGACAAGGGAGUGGCCAUCAACCCUGCGUCGCCUGAGAUCGACAACUUCUGUCAUGAAAUCAAGGCCGCCAUCGCCGGCUUCGGCACGGACGAAGACCGGUUGAACCGCGUGCUGGGCGCCCGAUCUGUCACGGAGCGGUACCUGAUCAGCUUGCGCUACCCGCAGCUGCACAAGACUUCGCUUCUGGACGACAUCUCGAGCGAGACGUCGGGCGACUAUGGCAAGUUGCUGCAGUUGUUGGCGCAACCGCUCGAAGACGCGGAAGCCAGCAUCAUCCGCGACGCGACCAAAGGCUCGGGCACCAGCGAAAAGCUGUUGUACCCCGUGUUUGGUGGCCGGACGCCCGAUGAACUGACCAUCUUGAAGAAAGCGUUCUUCAAGAAGUUCCAAAACGACUUGGUCGUCGUGGUCGCCGACGACAUUGGCGGCGACCUCAAGAAGUUUUACCUUGCCGUACUCAACUCGUUCACGCAACCAUUCAACCCGGAGGUACACACCCAGCACAAAGCCGAAGAAAUCGCCGAAGUCCUGUACAAGGCCGGCGAAGGCAAGUGGGGCACGGACGAAGCCACGUUUCUCAACACGUUGCUGUCCAUCCCGCCGCAGUUCCUCCGCGCCGUCGAUGCCGCGUACGUGGCCAAGCACAAGAACAACCUGCACCGCGCGAUCGAAAAGGAGUUUGGCGGUGAUGCUGAAACCGCCAUCUUGUACCACCUGAAUUUGGUGCUCGACCCGAUCAACACGAUUGUGACGCAGUUUGAAAAGACCAUGAAGGGCAUCGGCACCGACGAGUACGGACUCUCGGCGGCCAUUGUCCGAUACCAGUCGAUUUUGCCGCAGAUCGCCCCCGCGUACAAGGCCAAGUACGGCCAAUCGCUGCGGGACCGCGUGUAUGGCGAAGUGAGCGGCGACUUUCGCAAGUUGCUCAUCAUUAUCCUCGAAAACUCCAUCUAAAUGCAGUAGCGUUUUCCAUAGCUGCAAACGUAAUAUAAUAGAGAGGAUUUUGCUGGCCGAGAUAAACGGAUACAGUUA